CUGCGUUUUGAAGUUAACGGAGUUUUGUUUGUGUAAUACGUAACUGUGAAACAAAUUUUAAGUAUUUACUUAAAAUUGAUUGCAAAUAAUAUUAUGUGAGAAUAUUGGGUACAAUCUCUAAAUAUGAAUCCUCUGAUUCUUCACUUGCAAUUUGAAAUAAAUAUAAUUAAAGAAAUUAAUUCAAAAUUAAAUCUUUAAUCCUUCAAACGUUCGAACGUUCUUCAGAUCUUCAAAUCUUCGUUCUUGAGAUCUUCGAAUCUUCGAAUCUUCGUUUGUCAGAUCUUCAAAUCUUUUGAAUUAAGAAUUCAAUUGAAGGGCCUCCGGUUUUCAAGUGGCUUGAUCUUCAACAAAAAGGGCCGUUUUAUGGCUUGAUCUUUUGUUUAAGGGCCUCCCGGGAUAUAUGGAUUGAUCUUCAAUUGAAUUUCAAUUCAAUCUUCAUAUGAGUAUCUUCAAAUCUUCAAAGAUUCGUUCUUCAUAUAUUCGAAUCUUCAAAGUCUUGUUCUUCAUAUCUUCGAAUCUUUAAGCUUCGUUCUUCAAAUCUUCGAACGUUCUUCAACUUUUGGAUUUAUUUUUUUUAAGAAUCGACGAAAUCACGAAGGAUUAUUCGUAUAUUCUUAAUAAAUUCGUGGCUUAAUUUAUUCCUCUUCUUCGGAAUCAUUCAGAGCCUUUCGUGUGUUCUUGAAAGCUUUUCUGCAACGUUUCUUCGUCUGAAAAUUCUCUUCCAUUCCUCUCAACUGAGACCCCUAUUUAUAGGUGUAGAGGGAGUGAAAUAUGACUUAGGGUUCCCAAAAUUCGUUCAUAUCAUUUGGGCCCCAAUUAAAAUGGGCUUUGUGCUCCAUUUGCUUGCAUUUUAAUAGCUAGAAAAAUCAGCACUUGUUUGAUAUAUCUAGAUAGCUUUCUUAAUAAGGUUCAUAGCUAUUUCUCAUGCAUAUGGACUGAUUUGUUAACUAGAUUCUUCUUCCUUUUCAUAUAUUGGAUCAUGCAUCUUGUUUAUUGGGUCAUUUUUAAUAUUGGGCUCAAAAUAAAUAAUUAAUAGGACCGGUCCAUUCUUUUAAAGGUUUAGUUUAUAAUUAAAUCAAUUGGGUAUUUUUUUAAUGACCCAAAUUAAUUCAAUUAUUAAAUUUAUCCGAAUGGGUCCGUAUUAUUUUUUUUUAAGGCCCAACAACCAUCUCGAGCAGCCCAACUGAUUUGAACAUUGGCUCAAUAAUUUUUAUAUGUCCACAAAAGCCCCCUCGAGACUUGCUUGGAUGUACUGAUUUAACCACGAACAAGUGAGUCUCGAAAAUUAAUUUUAUUAACUCAUCAAAAUCAGCCCAAAUUCAUUAGGCGAGAUCAACAUAAUUCAUUUAUUUAGAAUUCUAUUAUUUCUAAUAGGCCCAAAAUGCGACGGCUCACUUUCUUGGUUUAAGAAAUUAACAUAUGCACUCCCAACAUUGAAUUAUGGAGUAAUGGACUUCAAUUGCAACUCAUACUCAAAGAGUCCAAGUCUCAAACAUUAGCUGGGAAAUAUCAAGUUAUACGGAAUGGAGCAUUAAGUGGGAGAGUCCAAAUUAUCCUCAACUUUCAAGGAUUUCUAUCCAAUUAAGAUUAUUGUUCUGCUGAUUUUGAGAUCUAAACUCUCCAUCCAUGUAUAAAUAUCAAUCGCAGCUUAUGCUCUUUUGCACCUUCGAUUUUUAAGACUCAAAGCUAUCAAAGAUUUCUGGAAGCAAAGUUCAUAGCAGGAAAAACGAAAACCUGUUAUUGCUGGUGCGACCUCAAAGUCUGAAUUUCAGCAAGUUUCCGUUGGGAAGGAGAUUCAUCUGAAGGUGCAGUAGGGCCCAUGUUGAUUUCAGAUUAAAUUCCGUUCGAAAUUGAAGUCGAACCAGUUCCAUCGCAGGUUGUCAUCUUGCCGCUGGAGAAGAUAAUAUCCGUUCGAUGUUCAAUAGGAGCCGCCGUAGCUGUUUCAAUCCGAAGAAACCAUUGCCCAGUUGCUGUUGCUAUUCGUUCUCCAAGAAGAAUUAAUCUGGCGAGGAAGAUGAGAUGGUGACGCCGCCUAUCCGAGCUCGUUCAAGGAAGAUGGACCACCAAAUUGAUGAAUCUGCUAUUGUGCCAAGAAGACAAUGAAGGAGCCAGAAUUCUGAAGAGGCGUAAAGACUGUGCAAGAGUAGAUCGUUUCUCAAAGUUCAGAAGGUAUUGACCAUGGUUGCUGCAGUUGGAAGCUGGGUUGAUGUUGCUGCUGGUUCGCUAGAGGAGAAGACUUGGCCGGGUCUUUGAAGUCGAUUCCUGGUCGGAGAAGAAGGGUUGUCGUCGGAAGUUCGCGGUCAGAGGCAGAGCUGGAGAUCGACGAAGGAUGGUUUGUAGGUCUGCAACGAGAUUCUGCAGUUUUGGAAAGCCACCAUUGAUUUCUUCCAAUUCUAUUUUUUUCAUCGGUUAGAAGCGAACCUCUUGUGCGAAGAAGAUGACUGGGGGAUUGGGCCAGCUCUUUUAAUAAACAUUGGGCCUGUUUAUAAAUUGAGCCUUUCAAUUUUUUUAUGGGCUAUCUUCAAAGAUGAGCAGCUUUGAAAUGAUACCGAGGCCAGAUUUUCUGCUAUUUCAAGUAAUGGCACCAUUAAUUGGAGAUAAAGGAACUAGUCCUAUUGUCGGUUGUCGGUGCUGCUUGGGGUCCUUCGUUGGGCUAGUGGCACCGAUCUAAAGAAUUAGGCUGAUUGUCGGUCGUCGGUGUCGUUUGGGGUCCUUCGUUGGGCUAGUGGCACCGAUCUAAAGAAGUAGGCGGAUUGUCGGUCAUCGGUGUCACUUGGAGCCUUUCGUUGGGUUAGUGGCACCGAUCUAAGAAAUUAGGCUGAUUGCCGGGUGUCGGUGUCACUUGGGGCCCUUCGUUGGGCUAGUGGCACCAAUCUAGAGAAUUCGGCUAAUUGCACUUGUUGAAGACUGAGAUGUUGCCGCUACUUUCGACCUUUGUCCAUUCUGAAGGAGCUUGACUAAUUAUUGGCCAGUGUUACUGAUUUCUUUGUUCGUCUAGUCAGAAGAUGAAGUCAAUUUCUUGGGCUUGAGAUUGAUUAUCAUUGCUGAGCGGCCUUUUUAUUAUUAUUAUUAUUACUUUAGUUUUUUUAGUAAUAAUAAUAAUGAUGAUGAUUUUUUUUUGCAGUCCAAAAUGAUACCUUUUAAGGACGUAAGGCGUGGAGGCAAAAAGUAUCUCUCCAUAUCAACGAGCAAGAAGAAUGACAAAGAGAUUCUUUUGGAGAUGCACAAGCCAUUUGCUCGCGAGUUUUGGGGUCCAACGGUUGUGUCCUAUCGAGUUACAAACUGGACUCCUGAGUGCGAGUAUCAAGCUCAGACAAUGCGGACUUUAGUAUCUGGCUUUACUCACAUGUCCUCUUCUGAGAUUCUUCCUUCUUUAGGUAGUUGCAUCCUUGAUGAAAACGCCUCUUUGACAAAGACCUUAUCAUUUGGUGGUGAGUUUAGAUUCAUCACAGGUUAUUGGGACUGGGCCGAAGAUAUCUUGAGCAUGAGUAAAAGCGUUCUGGAGGAAGGGCUUAUUUAUGAUGUUGUUUAUGCCUCAUUAUUCACGUAUGACCGAUGUACUAAUGCUAUUCAAGCAUUUUGUGAGGCAUGGUGUCCCACGACGAAUACUUUGCUUACGUCAAUUGGCGAAUUGACGAUCACACUUUGGGACUUGCACGUUAUCGGAGGAUUGCCUAUCAUAGGAGACGCAUAUGAUGAAUCUAUUCCGGGCACUUCUGAGUUGUUAAAUACGAGCGCUGACUGUUCAUUUCAUCUCUGCAAAUAUUUGUUUCACGCAUAUCAUCAUCUCUUUCCCAAAGCCGGAGAUAAGCGUGUUUUGCGUGUUCAUGCGUGGGUCAAAUUCUGGUUCAGAAAGGCCUCCAAGUAUACUAUGCCUCUAGUGAGAACAGAAAAGAAACGAACAUCUCGUGCCAAGGCGACCCAUAAUCCGAGCGGAGCUAUUCCAAAAUUUGGAGGAUGGUCGAAUUCUAUGAAGGUACCAUUCUAUGUACUCAAGGUUCCUGCUGAAUAUGAGGAAGAGGUAUAUUUAGCGGCAUUUUUAUCGUGUUGGCUUUGUGCAUUUGUAUUGCCGCAUGAAGGUCAUAGAGUUAUCCGCCCGGAAACAUUCAGAGUUGCUUGUAUGUUGGCUCGAGGGAAACGUGUAUGCCUUGCGGUCCCGGUUCUUGCAAGUGUCUAUCAUGGGCUUAAUCGGAUCUCGAAUGCUCCAGCUCCUGAUCAAGUUAGAAAGUGUUUUCCCGUUCACUAUGUCUAUGGAUGGUUGGCAUCAUACUUUGAUACGCAUUUUAAGAAUGAGAUCCAGUCCGCGACGCCAUUAAUGAUUUCUUAUUCAGGAGAAAGUGGAGCGAGAUCCAUCGAGAAGAGAAGUGCGCGCAAACGAAUUUUCCAGGGAGAUGUAUCAGCAUGGGUGUGUUCUACACAUCGGAGAAUCAAAGAAUAUUCAGUCUUCGAUGGUAAAAAUCCUCCAGAGGCUGAGUUGGCGCUUUUUAGGAGUCUUCGGUCUAAUUGUCUUGUAUUACGCUACCGGGAUCAUUGCAUUGCUGAGCCUUACACUCCUCGCCGCUUUAGUCGCCAAUUUGGGUAUUUUUAGGCUUAUGCUUCUGGCUUUCUUGAAAUGCGUAAUCGGAGUGUCACACUUGCUGCUGGCUUUCAACUUUGGGUACAGUUUGAGCACGGCAUGUCACAAGCUGAAGCGGUAUUUCCGACUCCUCCUACUAUUCCAGUGAAAUUUUAUUCAUUGCAGUAUAAAGAAUGGUGGGGUCAAGUUCAUGGAAGUUAUUUGGAGAAUCAUGUGAGCGACUUGAUCAAGAUUUGCGAUCUUGAGGUUGGUGAUGUGAACACCCCUUCAGAUCCUGUGACUCCAAUCUCCAAGAAGAAAAAAAUGCCUGAUACUGAAGCUAAGUCUUUGUCUCAGAAAAAGGCUAAGCUUGUAUCACUUAGGUCUGAAGUUUUGAUUAAGGAUGGUGAGAAGGAAAUGUCUCCUGCCAAUGAAAGGCAGAGUAGUGAUGAGAGGAACUGGAAGCAUUUUAGGAAACCUUAUGUUGGGCGACUGAAGGUUAGUUUCAUCAUUUCAUAGUUUUAUUUAAAGCGUGUACUUAUAUUUUUUUCUUUUGCAGAUUCAUGUAGUCCUUGAUGAUGCUAGUUCCUCGAAUCGUGUUUCUUCAUCUAGCUCAAGUGAAGGAGAAAGCGCAGAUCAUGACACUGUCGCUGGAUUGAUAGCAGAAACCGGCCCAAGUCAUUGCAAAGAAGUUCUGAUCCAUGAAAUACCCAAGUCUUCUCAUGCGAAACCGGCUGCAUCUGUAUUCCAUGCAGAAGACUACUUCUUUACUUUGUAUAAGCAGAUCAUCAUUAAUACUUGGAGUGGCAUUCAACAAAAGUUAGGACGGGCUACAUUAGAGAACGUCUCAUCUCUUCGGAAGAGUGUUGAGAAUUGUGUUAUCUUGAUGGAGAAGGAGGGCAUUGACCUUUCCAUGUUGAAGACGAGAGUGAAGCAUUUCUUUGAAAGGGCACAAGCAUUUGAUCAGACGUGUUUGACUGUUGCUGAUAGGGUUCCUUCUGAGAAACAAUCUCAGGAAUUGGCUAUGUCGCAGGCUUUUUGUGAAGAUAUUGAAGCUAAGAGAUCUCAAAACCAAGUGGCAUUACUUGAUGAUGAGAAAUCUCUUAAUGAUAUCAAGAAGAAGAUAACCUUAUUGGAAGCUGAAGCUAAGGAAGUAGAAGUUUCGAUCUCCGAGCGUCGUGUAGAGACUAGUGACUUAGAUGCAGCUCUUACGAAGGCUAAGGAGGAAUCUUCACGGAUUUUGAAGACUAUCAAAGCAUCAGAUGAAGAUCAAUUUGCUUUAAGUACUCAGAAGAAGGAGCUAGAGGCCUUGAAGGAUGACUUAGUUAGCUUUAAAUUGUUUUUAGGUUGAUACUUAGCUCUUAGAUUAGCUUUUCGUCAGCAAACAACUCUUUUCCUUACUUCUUACCAAACUAUAUAUGGAUAUUUGCUCCCUUUGUUGCUUCUCAUGAGUUGAUAUUUCCUUGCUUCUUCUUCUUCUUCUUCUUUUGUUUUUUUUUUGUUUUUUUUCAAUGUGACUGAGAUCAAACUUUAUUGAGGGUUUGUGUUAUUAUAACUGAACUUUAAAAUGAAACUUUCGAGCUGCCUACGUACUCCUAUGAAGGAGAUCAAGUCAAACGUAGUUCAUAAGUACCAUUCGAAUUGGUAAUCUAAAGGAGGGGACCGUACACAGUUUU